AUGGGCUGCUGUCAUAUAAACAGGGAGAAAGAAGCACUUUCAGCCAUAGUUUGUGCCUCACAGGGUUCUGUCGACUCACUUAGGAACAGGUCUGGAGAGAGCCCGACAAACCUCCAGGGGAAGAGGAUUCGUCAGUCCACUGCCCACCUCAUGGCACGGACUAAACUGGGAGCUAGGAGCCCUUUAAUGGAGGCAGCUGUGGGCUUUGCACUGGGAGCAGUGGGAGGCUGCAUACUGGGAGCUACAGAGGACCCAGUGGACAAGACCCUGUCGGUGAUGACUGCAGCCGGUCCACUGAAACCAGUGGAGGAUGAAGUCAGGACAGUGGGUGCUCUGGGGCUGGGGACCCUUAUUGGAGCCACAGCACUGACCACGGCCAUGACUUCAGUAGUAGCUGGUGUGAUUCUGGCAGCAGCUGUAGCCUCAGUGUUUGUGGGCACGCAGAGCUGUGGUACCUCUCACACAGGCCUGUGGGCAUCAGCAGGACUCGCUGGGGCCUUCGGGACCACUGUCAGUGGAGCCACGCUCGGGGUCUCUAUCGAAUGGAUUGUGAAGAAUUAUGGCAUGGUGGGUCUUCUGUGGGCGCUGAGCAUAUUCGCCGUGCUCAAACCGCUUCUGCACUUAGUAUUUAAGCUCCUCUGGAAGCAGGGAGAGGCCUGUUGCACUCUGGGAUCUAAAGACUGGGACAGCAAGAAGAAACACACAGAGAUUACAGAGUUGCAGCACAGGCAGAAGGUGGCUCUGCAGACAGAGCAGAGGAUCCUGACACUGGAGAAGGGAGGCAGCGCCAGCGGGAUGGAGCACAUGACCACAUGGGUCACUGAGCGAAGGCAGAGAGGGGAGAUAGAGAGGAGGAAAAUGGAGAAUGAAGAGGCAGAGAUGGAGCAAAGAACCAUGCAAGACUGGAUCAACACAGUGGUGGUCAAAUAUGUGGACUUCUUGGCUUUCUCAGGGAUUCCAAUGACAGUGGUUGCCAUAGUAACAUCAGGGUUUGGGGUGUUUGGUUAUGGAGGCCACCAGUCUGUGUUUAUAGUUCUUCUGGCUUUGGUUGCUUUGAUAGCCUAUUUGCUCCUGAAAUCUUCUGACUUUAAGUUCUGGAUGUUGAUAGGAUGCAUGGGGAUGCUUGCAACCUUUGUCAUCGCCAUGCUCACCCUACAUGCCGGUCAGAUGGUCCUAACAACUGCCAUGAAGAUGCGAGCAGCAGGGCAGAAUCAGUCCAGAGAAAACGUCCGUGCUCAAAUUAACCACCAAUCCUCUCUGGAAGCUUUGAACGCAGCUUUUUUUGCGGCAAAAUUAUGCGAGUUGGGUUUGGGGGCUGCAGUGGGGGGUCCGCUGGUGAGGCGAGCAGCUGGAGAGGUGAAAGUCAUAGUUGGGGCAGCUUUAGUGGCAGGGGGUUUACUGACUGGGGUGGAGUUUUUAGCCCCUGUGCUAGGAGACGGGGGCAAAGCGGGGGCGUUGCUGGGGGUGGUGGGGGCAGCAGGGGUGUCUGUGGGUGCAGCGGCAGCUGUGGCUGGAAGGUGGUCCUCAUGGCCAGGAACUUUGGGAACAGUAGCAGGGUUGGUUAUUGGAGCAUUAGCAAUGGGAAAAUGGCAUAUUGUCAACAUCGGCCUGCAAGUGCCUGUGGCCUAUGUCUUUGCUAUGACCAAUCCAUUUUAA